AUGGGGGAUGCGGAUUGGCGGAUUGGUGGGGGAGGGGAUGCUGCCGGUGUGCACCGCAGGGCGGCUACAGUAGCUGGCCUGGGCGGCAUCCAAGACGUGGGCGGCAUGGGCGGCAUGAGUGGGGACAGCAACGGCAGUGGGGAGGGGAGGGCCCUUUUAUAUAGGGCCAUGGGAGGAGGUAGCUGGAAGGAGCACGCGGUGGGGCGAAACGGAAUGAGUGGUGGCGUGGGCAACAUGGGCGGUAUGGGCGGCAGUCAGAGGGAAAGGCCAACUGGUGGGCAGGUGGGGGAGUGGUUGGAGCAGGCACACGUUCCUGUAAUGCAUAAGACUGUAACGAGGAUGGGCCAAUCAAACCACUCCGGGCGGCAACAGGAGACGCCCCUCUUCGAGCCCCACGGCAGGCCUCUGCUCGCCUCUCACCAGCACUGCUCGCUUCAAAAGGCGUGA